CGUCCUCGAGUCCGCCCGGCUCACGACCGUGGCGGGACAGGUCCGGUAAUUCGAGUGCGAAUUAACAACAACGAUCCUCCCAUUCUCAACGUUCCUCUGGAACACUCACACGACUGCUCACAGUCACUAGACCACAUCUGUAAAAGCCGACACAACCACACCACUGCACCCGUACUUUUAUCGCCACCACGAACCAUGUCCCAAGUAGAAAUUCUUCGCCCGAUAAACCCCGUAGAUUACGACCUUUCACGUACCAGUUCCCAUUCCAACACUACGAGAUGGGUUACGACCACCGCUCUCGUCAACGACAUUGUAUCUUCUAGCCCCCUUCAUCUGACCACUGAAAACGGAAGUCUGGAUGAUCAUCUGUUUCCAGACCUUCCACCACUCCAUCACGGCCACCCUGAACUUCACCUUCGUAAUGGGGUCAUCAACGCCUCUCAGCUGGCUGCCCAAAACGUGCCUGAUGCUGAAAAAGCCUUCUUCGUUGGUGACCUAAGCCAGGUAUACAGACAACACCAAAGAUGGCGGUCCUGUCUUCCUGAAAUUCAGCCCUUCUACGCGAUCAAAUGCAACCCAGAUCCGUAUGUUCUGCGUCUCCUGGCCGCUUUAGGCACAGGAUUUGAUUGCGCCUCCAACGGGGAAAUCAGCCAAGUCCUCGCCAUCGGAGGGAUUGAUCCGUCCCGUAUCGUCUUCGCGAAUCCUUGCAAGGCCGUCUCGUUCGUACGAAACGCAGGAAAAGUCGGCGUCGAUAUGAUGACGUUCGACAACGCCGACGAGCUUCACAAAGUGGCGCGCGCCCACCCUCGCGCCAAGCUCAUCAUCCGUAUCCUCGCAGAUGAUUCGAAGAGUAUUUGUGCCUUUGGUGUCAAAUUCGGCGCGCCCCUCGCGAAUGUGCCUGGGCUCUUGGCGAAGGCUAAAGAGCUUAACCUCAAUGUCGUGGGGGUGAGCUUCCAUGUUGGGAGUGGUUGCUAUGACCCUUCCGCUUACACUGACGCUAUCAUGCGCUCUCGCGCGGUCUUUGACAUGGGCAAGGAAGCUGGGUAUACUUUCAACCUCCUCGACGUGGGUGGAGGUUUUGAGGAUGCCCUUUUCGAGCAAGCAGCCCUGUAUCUGACUGAGGCGAUUGACCAGUACUUCCCUGAUCGUAGGGACCUUAAAAUCAUUGCGGAACCCGGACGGUUCUACGUAUCCAGGGCGUUCAGUCUUGCGACGAACAUAAUUGCUCGGCGCGCACCGUUCCCUGCGGACGGUGUCGCUGCUACUGCCGCGCAAGGUGGCGAUUCGUCCCAGGAACCCUCUGUUAUGUAUUACAUCAACGAUGGCGUAUACGGUGCCUUCAACUGCAUCAUGUUUGACCACCAGACGGUAGACCCAUAUGUACUGUCUAUGGGCGGUUCAUUCCAUGUUCCGCCUAACGAGCCGCAGUCGAUGAGCAGCGUAUGGGGUCCGACGUGCGAUUCAAUUGAUCGUAUCUGCACGUCGACUAUGCUCCCUGAUGCCCUCCAAGUGGGCGAUUGGCUCGCCUUCGAUAAUAUGGGUGCCUACACCAUUUGUGCGGCGAGCCAGUUUAACGGUUUCGAGACUAGUCACGUCGUGUAUACGACGGGCGGUCCGGGUGGUUUGGAAGUGCGCCGAGCUCUCGCGGCGUUUGCUAUGAGCUUAGAAUGAAGGACAGACAGACAGACGAUCAUAUAUUUCUUUUGAUAUCCUGAUAUCCAUCUUACAUUAACAAGACUCAGUGAUCCCUAUGUAACGAAAGUGGCACCAUCUAGACUCGUGAACAGAUUAUUUCAAUGAUGUGCGAACGAUUGCCUACACCCGUUUACUGAACAUCUUUUGAGAAUGUACGUUAGGUCAGCGGUUGCUGUUUAGCCGCAAUUCAGAAAUAUGAAGUAUCCAUUCUACUGGUCCGGCUCAGUUAGCGGAUAUGCAGUCGGCAAUAACGCUAACGGUACCCCGCACAUGCCAUGAUAAACUCACUUGUCAUGCUUCUGUCCACUUUUUCACUCUUGGGUGGGUCGAGACUCACAAGACCUGAAAGCAAGGCGAACAAGGCCACCCCAGUGGA